GUACUUGUCUAUUCCUUCUUCCUUUUCGUGCGGCCGUGUCACCGCGUGGUUCGCAGCCGCGUUUCGUGAAAGAAACAAUUUCAAAAUGGCUAUCAGACCUGUGUACAGGCCCCAAAUCGUCAAAAAGAGGACGAAAAGAUUCAUCAGACAUCAAUCGGAUAGAUAUGACAAACUUAAACGCAACUGGCGUAAACCGAGAGGUAUUGACAACAGAGUGCGUAGGCGUUUCAAGGGCCAAUACUUGAUGCCAAGCAUUGGUUACGGUUCAAACAAAAAAACCCGUCACAUGCUCCCCAAUGGCUUCCGCAAGGUCCUCGUCCACAAUGUCCGCGAGCUGGAAAUCCUCAUGAUGCAGAACAGGAAAUACUGCGCAGAAAUAGCUCACGGAGUGUCUUCUAAGAAGCGAAAGACUAUCGUGGAACGCGCACAACAGCUCAGUAUCAGAGUCACUAACGCCGCCGCGCGUCUCCGCAGCCAGGAGAACGAAUAAACUAUAAUAAAUUUUAUAAAAGCCUAAAUAA